UGAGAGGGGCAGGGGUCGCCUCACUGCGGCAACAGCCCCCCACCGUCUCCCUCCUUUCCUUCUCUUUUUGCGAUCUGCCACAGGAUGGGAUCAGGGAGCACACUGAAGUUUGCCCUCUGCGAGGUGCUGCAGUUUGCUGGCCUGUGUGUGCCACUCUUCAUCGUGAUGCAGAGAUUUGCCAUCAUUGUGGCAAAGGUCAAAGCGUCUGCGCAGCCCCCCAGCGACACCAGCACAGCUUACUGGCUGAUCGUGGCCUCCUCAAUCGCCUAUGUCACCUCCACCGCCCUGCUGGUGUGGGUACCCCUGAAAUACUUGGUGUUUAUAAAAAAGAAGUUUCUUGUUGGGAGGAAGAAAUGGAGGCCUGUGGCCCUGGUAUAUGUAAUCCUGUCCACGUUACCCUGCUUUGCCUUUCUCAUUGCCAGCUCUGAGGUUCAGAUAAACAACAACAUGAAACACGACACAUUUACGGAGAUCCCUGUGUCUUUGGUCUUCUUCUCCUUAAUCUGCAUUGAUGUUGUGGAGAGGAUCCGACACUGCAGAUUGACCGGACAGGCUAAUGAAAUGGGAAGAGAUGCUGAAAUCCCCUCCACUGUCUUAACUCAUGUGGAACCAAUAGCACCAGUAUCCCCCAUCACUCCAGCUGUGUCAGGAGCUGCCGUUUCAGGACCAGCUGUGCCCGGCCCGGCUGUAUCGCGGCCGUCGAUGCAUAGGCAGGGUAUGCCAAAUCCUCUUCAGCCUGGAACAAGUCAGAUAAAUGACAGGAACCACAAUGGAGGAGGGAUACGUCCGGAGACCAAUGGUGCCGUACCUGGAAUAAAUGGGACCUCUGGCCGGCCAUUUAUCAUCUCUUCUCCUGAACUGAGUUCACCAUCAAUGAGUGGACCAGUUUAUCAUUUGUCUCCAUACACCUACACGGGCCCUCUGAGGUUUCUAUGUGUCAGUGACGCCCGAGCAGAUGUGUUCGUUGAUAGCUUUAUGUUCUGGAUGGAUACGGUGGAGAUGGUGAGGGUGGCAGGACAUCCACUGGUCUACUACUCCGGCUGGGUCUUUCCCAUCUACAUCUUCAGCUAUGUGUCCUGCCUACGUGUGGUGGUCAUGCCCAACACCCCACUCCUUUCCUCUCUAGGAGUCGCACUGCAGGACUUGCCUUUCUUCUUCGUGCGUGUUGGCCUUAUAGCCCUCUUCGGGUUCGUCACGCCCGUACUCUAUCUGAUGAAGAAUCUGUUGGUCUGUCUGGCAUUUGUCUACUUUAAUUUCAUGACCAAGCUGAGGGUAUUUAACACAGAAAGGAUGUUCUUUUGAGACCAUGAAUGCGAGGACAGAACGCUGUCAGGAAAUGCAACCUGAUGGCAUUCAGAAAGGGGUUCCACCAGUUUAUAAUUCAUAUUUAGCAAUGGUAUUCAAGGCAAAACACAACUGGAUGCAAAUACACCAUAUAUGUCAUAGAGUUUUGUAACCCAGAGGUUCC